AUGUCCGGGGACAGCAGCGGCCGCCGGCCCGAGGGCCGGGGCCGGGGCCGCGACCCGCACCGGGAUCGCACCCGCUCCCGCUCCCGCUCGCGGUCCCCGCUGUCGCCCGGGUCCCGCCGCGGCGCCGCGCCCGAGCGCAGGGAGGCCCCAGAGCGCCCGGGCUUGGAGGAUACCGAACCGUCGGAUUCCGGGGACGAGAUGAUAGACCCGGCGAGCCUGGAGGAGGAGACCGACCCCAGUCUGUGCCGCCAGAUCCGCCAUCAGUACCGGGCGCUUAUCAACUCGGUCCAACAAAACCGGGAGGAUAUAUUGAAUGCCAGCGACAAGUUAACAGAGGUCCUUGAAGAGGCCAACACUCUCUUUAAUGAAGUGUCCCGAGCAAGAGAAGCAGUCCUAGAUGCCCACUUUCUUGUUCUGGCUUCAGAUUUGGGCAAAGAGAAGGCAAAGCAGCUGCGUUCUGAUCUGAACUCGUUUGAUAUGUUACGAUAUGUGGAAACUCUACUGACUCAUAUGGGUGUAAAUCCGCUAGAAGCUGAAGAACUCAUCCGUGAUGAAGAUAGUUCUGAUUUUGAACUCAUAGUCUAUGACUCCUGGAAAAUAUCAGGCAAAACAGCAGAAAACACCUUUAAUAAAACCCAUACAUUCCACUUUCUGUUGGGUUCAAUACAAGGAGAGUGCCCUGUGCCAAAGCCACGAAUUGAACGUCCAAGAAAAGUUCGUAUGAUAGAAGAGCAGCAGGCAAUGCCUGCCCAGUUAAAAAGAAUGGAAGAGUCUCAUCAAGAAGCAACAGAAAAAGAAGUAGAAAGAAUCUUGGGAUUGUUGCAAACAUACUUUGAAGAAGAUCCUGAUACUCCAAUGUCCUUCUUUGACUUUGUGGUUGAUCCACAUUCUUUCCCCCGGACAGUGGAAAACAUCUUUCAUGUUUCUUUUAUUAUAAGGGAUGGUUUUGCAAGAAUAAGACUUGACCAAGACCGACUGCCAAUAAUAGAGCCUGUUAAUGAAGAAAGUCGAGGAAUUGACCAAAACACUCAAAUUAGGAAUCAAGCAAUUAUAGCUUUGAGUUAUCGAGACUGGGAGGAGAUUGUGAGGACCUUUGAGAUCUCAGAGCCUGUGAUUACUUCAAGUCAGAGCCGGCAGAGGCUAAGUGCUUGACACCAGCUGAAGGACUCAUGUGGAUGCUGAAAUCCAAAAAGGAAAGCAGCACGUAUUGUAUAUAUUGUAUAAUCAAACAUUUUUAAAGAC